AUGACAACACUAUCAACAAUCUGGUUAUUUUUAAUAACAAUAACAGCAAUAUUCCAAUUAGGUUUAAGUUCAAAUGUCACCACCAUUAUUGAUGACGAUAACAACAACAACAACAACAACAACAACAACGCUGAUGAUUUUUUGGAACCACAAAUAGAAACAAUAAAAGUCAUUGGUAAUAAAUUUUUUGAAUGUGAAUCAGGUCAUCAAUUUUUUAUUAAAGGUAUAGCUUAUCAAAAAACACGUCAAGAAGGAGAAAUCUAUGAUACUACAAAAGAACCUCAUUAUAUCGAUCCAUUAGCUAAUCCAUUCACUUGUUUAAGAGAUUUAGAUUAUUUAAAAGAAUUGGGAAUAAAUCUUGUUCGAGUUUAUCAAAUUCAUCCCAAUGCUAAUCAUGAUGUUUGUAUGAAUGCAUUUGCUGAAGCGGGGAUUUAUGUAUUGGCGGAUUUAUCCGAACCAACAAUAUCAAUAAGACGAGAUUAUCCUCAUUGGGAUACAGAAAUUUUCAAUCGAUAUCAACAAGUUAUUGAUUCAAUGUCAAACUAUAAAAAUUUAUUAGGUUUUUUCGCUGGUAAUGAAGUUACAAAUUGUCAAUCAAAUAUUGAUGCUUCACCAUUUGUUAGAGCCGCUAUUCGUGAUUGUAAAAAAUAUAUUAAUCAACAAGGUUAUAGAAAAAUCCCUAUUGGUUAUGCUUCAAAUGAUGAUGCUAAUAUAAGAAAAAAUCUUGCCAAUUAUUUUGUUUGUCAAUUAGAUGAAGAUGAAGAUAAAGGUCAAGAACAUUUGAAUAGUCAAGCGGAUUUUUUUGCUAUUAAUGUUUAUGAAUGGUGUGGUUAUUCAACUUAUACUACUUCAGGAUAUCGUGAUUUAACAACCAUGUUUAAAGAUUAUUCUGUCCCGGUUUUUUUCAGUGAAUUUGGUUGUAAUAUAAUUACUCCUAGACCAUUUACUGAAGUUGAAGCAAUUUAUGGUUCUACCAUGAAAAAAGUUUGGUCAGGUGGAAUUGCUUAUGAAUAUUUUGAAGAAGUAAAUCAUUAUGGAAUUUUAUUAACUAAAAAAGAUGGUCUGAUUACUAAAUUACCCGAUUUUGAUACUUUAAAAAUGAGAUUUCAUGCUGCAACUCCAAUUGGUAUCACUAUGGAUGAAGCUACCAUAUGUGAACCACCAAUAUGUAGUAACAGUGUUAUUGACGAUAAAUCUUCUUCUUCUUCUUCUUCUUCUUCUUUUUGGGAUGUGGCAUUAACAUUACCACCAACUCCAAAUGAAGCUAAAUGUGAAUGUUUAUGGCAAUCAUUAUCAUGUGUUGUUUCUGAAGAUGCUACAUUUGAUGAAGAAGUAGCAUUAAGAGAAUUAUGUUUCAAAGUUGAUUGUGAAGAUAUUAAUGCCAAUGGAAGAUCAGGAAAAUAUGGUCGUUAUUCUGAUUGUAAUCCAACAGUUAGAACUUCUUAUGCUUUAAAUAAAUAUUAUGAACAAUGUGGUAAAAAACAAGAAAUUUGUGAUUUUCAAGGUCGAGGGGAAUUAUUACCAAAUAGAAAUGGUGGAUUACAAGAUUUAGAAAAUAAAUUUUCAAGUGAUGGUCAAAAUUGUUUAAGUUUACUUGAAGGAAAAGAAGAAGAAAAAGAGGUACAAGAAGAGGAACCUGAUGUACCUGGUUUACCAGGUUCUAAUAAAGGUAAAGAGGUAGAAAGCACCCCUAAAAGAAAAGGAAAAGGUAAAAGUAAAGAAAAAGAAAAAGGGAAAUUAAUUGAAGAAGAAGAAGAAGAAGAAGAAGAGGAGGAGGAAAAUAAUAAAACUCCUUCAUCUGGUGAAAAAUCCCCUAAAACUUCAAAACUGAUUGCUGGUGGUAAUGCCAUAACUUUUAAAAAUGAUAGUAUUUGGAAAACAUUCAUUGAAAUCUUAUUUACAUGUUCUGCUGCUAUAUUGAUUUAA